AUGGAGCCAUACGCGGAGCAUGAGUUUCCGAGUUUGGGCUCAUCAGCAAACAUCACCAAGAAGCUAUCCGGAAGCUCAAUGGACUGCAUGGCGGGCUUCAAAACGACGGGGAACCCCGCCACGGCGGUGAAACCAGGCCUCAGCUAUGCAGCCGUCGCCAGGACGAGGAGGUCGUCAGAACCAUUACAACCCUUCGAAGAGAGGCAGAGAGAGACCGGAAUGUCAUUGCCCACGUUGUCCUCGAUAAAGGAUGCACUUCCCAAAAGCACUCCUGGCAGCGAUUACUCCUUUCCGGGAUCGAUGGAGGACUCGGCGCAUGCUUCGAUUCCGACCAUACCUGAGUUGGACGCUGAUAUUAGGGAUGAAGGAUCGACGCAUGGCACAACAUUACGCCCACUAUCAAAAACUUCGUCGGAAGGGGAGAACGAAUUCAGCAACAAUCAUCAGGACGACGGCGAAGGCCUCAAUGCGGACGGCGGUGCUCCUGCUGCAUUGACCGGACGCCCUCUUAGUGCUGUCAACGAGUCAACGCACGAAACUCCGAUUAAUGACGCCGCUCUUGACGGUCAUGUGAUCAUAGCCGAGUUAUUGAAUGCCCAAACCGAUCCCCGCGUUGCCCAGCAAUCGUCCCACCAUCGCGAUCAGCAAGAUGCACUCCAAGUGGGUUAUCAAGAGCUUAGGCCUGUGGAGACUGAGGAAGGGGAGUCUGCUAUUCGCGGAGAGCUAGAACUUGUGACGGAGGAGCUGGGAACAGUCGGCGGUGCCGCUGCUACAGUGAGAGCAGAGCCCAGCGAAAGCCCGCAUCUUGAUGAUCAGACACCUACGCGUGAGCCGUUAGAAGCGACCGAAGCGCAGCCUGCACCUACUAUCCUGCCAGAGACCGCCGCCAAACCGGAUAUUGGUCUCAGGGAAACGCCGGACGAGAGUCAGGAUCCGACCCCGCGGCCGACUGGAGCCACGAACACUGCGGCGGAAGACUAUAGCGUAUGUGAGGAACCCGCUGCCAGUGUGAAUGAAGGUGCCAGCGAGUUUGCGAAUCUUGCUGAGCCGGGCAAAUCGCAAGUUGAGGAACAGGGUGAGGAACAGCCAAUCGAUAACAACACUACGAAAAACUUCAGAAUAUCCGGGGAAGGCGCUGGUAGAGUGAGCACCGGCCUCAACGAAACCUCUCGUCUUGCUGAUCAGGAGCAUCCGCCUGCACCGAAUAACGUGAUCGAACCGGAGUCUCCCAUCACUGCGUUGCCCACCAAUGUCACCGAAGACUCUUUUUCAUCAGCAAAUUUUGCUGGCAGAGCCGCUGAUGACCUCGACAAACAAACCGAAAAUGGCACGGCCCAUACAGCCCAGGCGCCUGGGCCGGCGAAGGGUACAUGCCUACGGGUGUUGACCGCUCACAUUGCUCUAACGGACGAUGAGCUUCAGCUGGACGUCGGGGAUGUAGUGGACCUUGAUCUUCAACCUGCGUCAAGUGACGAAUAUUGGUGGUUUGGCACAAACCGAUCCUGGGGCGAGAAUAACGGGCGGCAGGGGUUCUUUCCUGCGUCGUGUGUGGAGGUUGAAAAGUGGGAACCACCACCUGUGGUCGAGACAGCGAUGGAGGAGAUACAAAGCCCGGUCGAAGACGAUACAUAUUCUUUGAGCAUUGAAGAGCCAGCACCGCCAGAGAGGUCACCAAUGAUCGAAGAAUCGUGGGAACCACCUCUGAAUGUUCAUCGGGGAGCACAGGUCAUUGCGAGAAGCACUUUCUCGAAGACAAAAGCAGAUGAGCUGGAUCUGAGUGUCGGAGAUAUUAUCGUGAUCGUCGAUGCCCCGGAAGGCGGAUGGUGGAAAGGGAUGAAGAAUCUUGGGAGCAAACAUGCGGAAAGUGGCUGGUUCCCGUCGACACUCGUAGCCUCUUACGUUGAGCCUGUGGACCAGUUAGAGAGUUUGCAGGUGCCUUCAACCGAACUGGAGGCAUGUACCGAGGUAGAAGGUGGGGAUCAAUCUAAAAGGAAGUCUUGGUACAGUCUCAAGAGACUUUCAACAAAAAAGCCACAAACCGCUGGUACCUCAACGCCACCUUCCACAAAUUCGGCCAAAAAGAAGAACCGACUGCGGUCCCAGUCAGCGCCCUCACCAGUUGUGGCGACAGAUAUAACAGAAGACAGUUCUGGUCCAAUGGAUAUUGGCAUGACACUUGCCGCGGUUGAAGAAGCUUCAGUCGAUACGAGCCUCGCGUCAAGCAGUAACAGCUUGCCGCGAAACAGUAACAGCCUGCCGCGAAACAGCAAAACGCUUCCUGGCGCGGGGAACGUGCCCGACGAAUCCAACCUUUCAUUGAACUCUUCGUCACCGAACAAGCGAUUGUCAUUUCUAUUACCGAAAGGCGCGUCUAAUCGGUUGAGCAUGUUCCAGGCAUCCUCUCGUGCCUUGAGUGACAGCGAUCGAUUCUCGGCUACUGCGGCAUCUCACACGUCAUUCAAUGUGGAGGACCUUCCGGCGUCCAAAAUGGACGUAUGGCAAACCUUAGUUGGCGAUGCUGCUGUCCUAAAAAUGAGCCAAAAAGAACAGAAGCGGAUUGCGGCGGUAUACGAGCUCAUGAAUACUGAGCGGGACUAUGUUCGGGACCUUCAUAUCAUAAUUUCCUUCUUCAAGAGGCCACUUGUUGAACGGAAAAUAAUACCCUCGAAGACCGUCGAUGUUAUAUUCGCUAAUGUCGAGCAGCUUCUUCCGGUUAGCCAGGAAUUGCUGACUGCGUUGGAAGAUCUAUGCGCCGUCAAACCGACAGUCGACGAAAUUGGGGGGAUCUUUCUUCAGAUCAUGGACCGUUUGACUACGUACACGGUUUAUUGCCGGGAGCAGAAAACGUCGGUAGCGAAGCAUCAAAGUCUGAUGCAGUCAAAAGGGCCAUACCGCUCCUAUCUAGAGGACAUGUACCGGCAAGGGAUAACGCGGCGCUUGGAUCUUGGCGGUUUCUUGAUCAAGCCUGUGCAGCGUAUAUGCAAGUAUCCUUUGCUCAUCAAGGAAAUAUUGAGAUUCACUUCCGAGAGGUCUCUGGACUUUACCGUCUUGACCGAGGCAUUGGAGCGAAUUCAAUGCAUUCUCAAUAUUGUGAAUGGAGCUUCGGGUCAGGUGGAAAAUCUGCGCAAGUUGGAAGACAUCCAGCAAGACUUUGUAGAGAAAAUUCUGCUCGUCUCGCCGACACGCCACCUUCUUCGUGAGGACAUGGUGUCUGUUGCAUUCGGCGAUACCAAGAAGGCAAGGGUGCUUUUCCUUUUCAACGACUCUCUGCUGUUUGCGCGGAAAGAUUGGAGGGACAAAUAUCACCUCAUGGAAAACGUCCUUCUGAAAGACUGUACCGUUGCCGAUGUACGCAAUAAGAGCACUCAAGCAGCUACCACCCUUCUGGAAUUUGAGCAGAAGAACAGGGACUUCACGCGCCCCGGUCUGGACCGUUUCGUGUUUUUGAUGCCAUCGCUGCAAGCCAAGCAGGCAUGGCUGGAGGCCUAUCGAACCGUCUGCCCGCUCGGUAUCACAAUCCAAUUGAAGGAGAUCAAUGAUGCCGUCGAUAUUGCUCCCGUCUCUAUCGACGACGAAGAUGAUGAGCGUCAUAAACCUGCCCGACUCUCAGGCGAGCCGGACGCGAGUAUCGAAGCAACUCGAACAAUUGCGGCCCUCAAAACACAGAUUCGUGAGGAGCAAAAUAGGGCUCAGUUGCUAGAAGUUGAUCUCGCAGCGGAAAAGCAAAAAGUAGAGACGAUUGAAGCUGAACUUACUGAGGCUAAAAGCGCUAUCACUUCUGCUUCAGUGUCAUACGAUGAGAGCAGUCGCAAUAGUCAUCAGAAAGCGGUUAAUCUUGUCGGUCAGGUCGAUGCCUUAUCAGCACAGCUUGAUGAGCUGAAAGAAAUCACCAAUGCGCAAAACUCUCGCAUUGCCGAGCUGGAGAUGACCCUUGCUGAUCGAAUGGAGCUUGUUUCUACGCUGAACGAAGAGAAAACUACGCUGGCAACCGCGAAUGCUCAGCAGCUCCAACAAAUCAGUACUGGCACGGAGAGUAUCGCAGCGAAGAAUCGACAGGUUUCAGAUUUGCUGGCAAAGCUGCUGGCAAUGGAUACAAAGCUCUCGGAACUACAAAGAGUGGAAAACGAUUGGACCGCCCAAGUCCAAUCAUUGCAGGACCAGUUGGUGAAUUCGCAGGCGGAAAUCGCGCGGAAGGAUGUGGAGACGCUCGAACUCCGAGAAGAGAUCGCCAUGAUGGCAAAGAAGAUUGAGCAGUUGGGCAAUGACGCCGCGCAAAACGACAAAGAACUGCGGAAAAGUUUGGCGCAAUGCCAAAGUGAUUUGCAAGACCGAUCGGACGCAUUGGUCGCCAAAGCGGCUGAACACUCUGAUGUCGCCAAGAAGCUGUCUAAAGCCGAUGCGAAAGUAGCUGAAUUACAAAGCGACCUCACGGAUGCGCGGAAAGGUCUCCAGGAGGCCGCUGUGCGGAUCAACGGAGCAGAAGAUGCGCGUUCUCGAGAGCGCCAGGAAUUCCGAGAACUGACAGACAAAUACAAGAGCUUGAAACAAUCCUUUGAGCAUGGUAGAGCGCAGUUUGAGUCUCUGCGAGCAACUUACGGCAAGACCAACGCUCGUUAUAACGCUCUGAUUGAAACCAACAGAGCAAACCGCUCCGAGCGUGACGAUGCGAGGAAGGAAGUCGCUCGACUCGCAUCGCAGCUCGAAGCCUUGACCGCACAGCACAACGGUUUACUUCGCGCCAACGCGUCCCAAAAUGACAUGGUGGCGAAUCUUACUAGCAAGUUGGAACAAGUCGAGAGGGAAAGGAACUUGGCCUAUCGAAAGGCAGACGAUGCUAGCGCGUCCGAGGCGCGGCUGAUGAGAGAAGUUGGGGUGGCUCGAGCAAUAGAGGAAACUCUGAAAGAGAACGUGCGCUACCUGACAGUACAGCGGCAAUCGUUGCAGGUUGAUCGACUGGAGAGCCAGACGAGGGAGCGCGAAGCAUAUCAGAAAAAACUGCGGGUUCUCAUGAAGAAGAAUCGGGAACUGAGGGCUAUGAGAGUUGGAAUUGUGAGCCAAGGUCGGGCGCUGGCAUGGCAGGAGGACGGCCACUCUAGGAGUUUACCUGCACGCUCAAGUCACGGCACCUCCAGCACAUUGCUGUCGAAUGGGUCUUCACGGCGAAGAAUAGCUGAUGAAGACGGGUCUUUGAGUGAGCUGAUAAGGCAGUUAGUGGCGGAAAAGGAUACGUGGAGGUCAGAGAAAGACGGAUGGGAAGCUGAGAGGGAACAGUGGAAUACGGAGCGGUCUGAAUGGGAAGCCGAGAGAGAGCAUUGGGAAGCGGAAAGAAAUGCGUACGAAAGUAUUCUGGAGAGUUGCACUGCAGAACAUCAGGCUCUCCUGCAACAAUUUGCCGGGUUCCAGAUGUCGGCGGAAGCUCAACUCCGAGUCUGUCAUGAGCAGCACGGGAUGAAGUCUACGAAAUCCGGGUCAGCAGAAGAUGUCAUCUCAGUCGUGGACCGAAAAAUCCGCGAGCUUCAAAUGUACAAAAUGGGUCUUGGACAUUAA